UCAAUUUGAACCAUCCAACCAACAAUCUUUUUAAAACCAUAGCACAAAAGAACUAUGAGAUUUGAAAAGAAAUCAAAAGGCCGAACAAAAAAAAGCUUUUCAUGCAUGACUUAAUAAACCUACACCAUACUCCUACUUAUAAACACCACAUCACCAAUUCCACACCCAUUCCCAUCUUAAAAAUCACAAUCUGAUCAUCACCAACACAUUGCAAACAAAACGCAAAGACAUGACUCUUCUUGCUUUUUUUCUCCUCACCCUCCUUGUCUUUUCAGGUAACUCAUCUUCUCCGUUUAUGCAUAACGCUUUCAACUCAACAAGUUUUGCCUCAUGUUUACAUUUUCUAUAUGUAAUAUCCCAUGUUGAACAUGAUUUGCUCUGUUUGACAGGUUCAUGUUGCUCCGCGCUUAGGUUUCAAAGGCACAAGUACUACUUUCAAAGGAAAACAAUGCUAGAUUUAGCCAGCAAGAUUGGUAUCAACUACGGAAGACAAGGAAACAACCUCCCAUCUCCAUACCAAUCCAUCAACUUCAUCAAAUCUAUCAAAGCCGGUCAUGUCAAACUCUACGACGCUGAUCCAGAGAGUCUCACACUCCUCUCUCGAACCAAUCUAUACGUAACCAUAACCGUACCUAACCACCAAAUCACCUCACUCAGCUCCAACCAAACCACAGCCGAUGAAUGGGUCAGAACCAAUAUCCUCCCUUACUAUCCACAAACACAAAUUCGCUUUGUCCUCGUCGGGAACGAAGUCCUUAACUACAACUACGGGAACAUCUCGGCGAAUCUUGUACCGGCGAUGCGCAAAAUCGUGAACUCUCUCAGAUUUCGUGGGAUUCACAACAUCAAAGUCGGGACACCUCUAGCUAUGGAUUCUCUACGAUCAUCGUUUCCUCCUUCUAACGGAACAUUCCGGGAAGAAAUCGCCGGACCGGUGAUACUACCGUUGCUGAAGUUUCUCAACGGAACAAACUCUUACUUCUUCAUCAAUGUUCAUCCUUACUUCCGCUGGUCAAGAAACCCCAUGAACUCCACUUUGGACUAUGCUCUGUUCCAAGGAAACUCCACUUAUACCGACCCUCAAACCGGUUUGGUUUACCGUAAUCUUCUAGACCAAAUGUUGGAUUCCGUUCUCUUCGCGAUGACCAAGCUCGGUUACCCACACAUCCGCCUCGCAAUCUCCGAAACCGGAUGGCCUAAUUCAGGUGACAUAGACGAGACCGGAGCCAACAUCCUCAACGCGGCUACAUAUAACCGGAAUCUGAUCAAAAAAAUGACCGCAAGUCCACCAAUCGGUACGCCAUCUAGACCCGGUUUACCAAUACCGACAUUUGUUUUUUCUCUGUUCAACGAAAACCAAAAACCCGGUUCGGGAACACAGAGACAUUGGGGAAUCAUGCAUCCCGACGGUCAACCAAUCUACGACAUAGAUUUCACCGGUCAAAGACCCUUAACCGGUUUCAACCCGUUGCCUAAACCGACGAACAACGUUCCAUACAAAGGCCAAGUGUGGUGCGUACCGGUGGAAGGAGCUAACGAGGCUGAGCUUGAGGAUACUUUGAGAACUGCUUGUGGCAGAAGCAACACCACUUGUGCGGCUUUGGCUCCGGGAAGAGAAUGUUACGAACCGGUCUCAGUUUAUUGGCACGCAAGCUACGCGAUUAGUUCGUACUGGGCUCAGUUCCGCAACCAAAACGUUCGAUGUUACUUUAAUGGACUAGCUCAUGAAACCACGACCAACCCUGGCAAUGAUCGUUGCAAGUUUCCGAGCGUUACACUGUGAGGAUUGAGGAGGAGGAAGACUGAUUAAAGCUGGAUUACUUAUAUUGUUCUUUAUCUUUGUUGUACCUUUUCUGCUUCAUGUUUCACGAUGUUGAGAAAAAACAAAAUCAAAAUAAUUAAUAUAUAGUAGCCUUUUUUUUUU